AUGGGCGACAACAACAAAGAUCCGGAUUCUCUGGCCGCUGCUGGCGCAAUGGCGGCGAAAUCCACUAUGAGAUCGUCGGAGAGAGUCCCCAAUGCCUUGAAUAUCGCAUCCCCGCCCGGAUCAAGGACGCCUCCCAGCAUGCCAUCGAAGAAGACGAUUUUCUACCCCGCUACAUCGGCAAGAAGACAGAAAAGCCACAGCAGUUCCGAACCCGUUGAUCCCAACUUGCUUGCGAAGGCUCUGAAGGAGUACGAAGACGCAGGACGUCCUCGGGAAAGAACCCCUGGAACUAGCCCCAGUAGGAAAAGACAGCGAGUAUAUGGCGAUCGGUUUAUACCAAAUCGCGAGGGGCAAGAUCUACAAGCAACUUAUAGCUUGCUUCAUGAAGACGGAUGUCCCUCUACUCCUUCCAAAACGAAAAAGCGCGCCCCUCACUCGGAGCUUCACUUCCAAAAAACGGAAGAAGCAAAUAGAAUGUACUCGCGCGUACUCAGAAGUGAGCUUUUUGGAAACACCGUCCCACAGGCCGAUCUGGAUUCACUGUCUCCUGAUCCGUUACUGGGGAUUCCCAACGGUAUUAAUGAGAAGACACGCUCUCACACCCCCCCUUCACACGCCAUCUCGAACCUACCGCCCGCCAGUAUCACGCCAUCGACGCCUCACAAAAAUCUCUUCACUUACGCUUCUCCGAGAAUUGGCUCUGGUCAACCAACACCAUCCAAGACGCCCCGAAGUCAACAUGGUCCCAACUUAAAUGUGCGAUCAGAACUUUACAGUCUAUCGCCGAUCAGAUACGACAGUCAACGUAUCCUUGAGACUCCUCGCAAGCAGCCUCGCUACGUCAAUAAAGUACCCUACAAGGUUCUCGAUGCACCCGACUUGCAAGAUGACUUCUACUUGAAUCUGGUGGACUGGGGCAGUAGUAAUGUGCUAGGUGUUGGCCUAGGCAAUUCGGUGUACAUGUGGAAUUCGAAUACCGGCCGGGUGACGAAACUAUGCGAGCUAAGAGAUGAUACUGUCACGAGCGUCAGCUGGAUUCAGAGGGGCACACAUCUUUCGAUAGGAACUGGCAAAGGUUUUGUACAGAUAUGGGAUGCAGAGCACUGUCGCCGUCUUCGGACAAUGAUUGGGCAUACCAAUCGUGUAGGGGCUCUUGCUUGGAACGAUCAUAUCCUUACCUCAGGCUCUCGGGAUCGACUCAUCUUUCACCGUGAUGUUCGCUCCCCAGAUCAGUAUUUACGUCGACUAUCCGGCCAUAAACAGGAAGUCUGCGGUCUCCGAUGGAACACCGAAGAUGGCCAACUAGCUUCAGGCGGAAACGACAACAAACUUAUGGUGUGGGACAAGCUGAAUGAGACACCACUCUAUCGCUUCUCGGACCAUACCGCCGCCGUAAAGGCCAUCGCCUGGUCACCCCAUCAACACCAUCUCCUCGCCUCAGGUGGAGGUACGGCAGAUCGGACCAUUAAAUUCUGGAACACCGCUACUGGUUCAAUGAUUAAGGAAGUUGAUACGGGUAGCCAGGUUUGUAACCUGGCAUGGUCGAAGAACUCGGACGAAAUCAUCAGUACACACGGCUACAGUCAGAACCAGAUUGUAAUCUGGAAAUACCCGCGCAUGGAGCAGAUUGUAUCGCUAACCGGCCACACUUUCCGUGUUCUCUACCUUGCAAUGAGCCCCGAUGGACAGACGGUCGUUACCGGAGCUGGUGACGAAACGUUGAGAUUCUGGAAGAUUUUCAAUAAGAGAUCAGGAAGAGAACAUGGACGGGAGGGCGGCAAGCUAGCGGAAUGGGGUACGAUUCGGUAG